GGGUAGACACGGCGCUUCGGUCGGUGAGGAGAAGCCCGUUACGGAAGAUAAGGGCACAAGGGAGCGUCCAGUGUGCUACUAUUGUAAGAAGCCUGGGCACCUGAUCGCUAGUUGUUAUGCUCUGCAGGGGGAUAGGCAACCUACGAAAACGGUGUUUUGUGUACGAUCGGUUAGACCUAAGCCGGAGGUGACUCCUGAGUGUCGGGAUUCAGAGCUGGACGUAUAUGCACCAUUCUUGAUGAGGGGGGAAGUGUCUUUAACUCAGGGGGGGGGUAAAGUGCCGGUGACUAUUCUGAGGGAUACAGCAGCGUCCCAGUCGUUUAUUCUGAGUGAUAUUUUGCCCCUUUCUAGUGCGUCCGGUGUGGGUUCAAGUGUAAUUGUCCGUGGUUUUGGGAUGCAGUGCAUGGGGUCACCGUUGCAUACAGUAUACCUCGAGUCCGAUUUGGUGACCGGUCCGGUGGUUGUCGGUGUUCGUCCCUGUUUCCCGAUUGAAGGAGUGUCCUUUCUUUUGGGAAAUGAUCUAGCUGGGGGCAGGGUGUUGGUAAAACCUGAAGUGACGGUGGUUCCUAUGGUUACGGAGAGUAACGAUAGGUUGGCUCAGAAGUAUUCUGGAGUUUUUUCUGCGUGUGCCGUAACCCGUGCGAUGGCAAAACACCGGCCCUUGGACGAUGAAGUUGGUCUCUCUGGCAGUUUUGUGGAUUUGACUGCUACACCUAUCUCUGGCCAGUCGUCGUCUGGAGAGGUUGGGGAGAAGACUCUGAACAGGAGUGGUUGUCGUAUCUUCAUCGGUCGCCUAAACCCCUCGGCCCGGGAGAAGGACGUGGAGAGGUUCUUUAAAGGUUACGGCCGCAUCCGAGACAUCGACCUCAAGAGGGGCUUCGGCUUUGUGGAAUUUGACGACCCCAGGGACGCGGAAGAUGCGGUCUAUGAGCUUGAUGGCAAAGAGCUCUGCAACGAGAGGGUGACCAUUGAGCAUGCCCGUGUGCGUCUGCGUGGUGGGCGUGGCGGAGGUGGAAGUGGUAGCGAUAGAGGAGGCGGAGGAGGACGCUUCCCUGAUCGCUAUGGCCGGGGUUCCCAGGGUGGUCGCAGUCGGAAUCCUCCUCCGAUGCGGACGGAGGACCGUCUGAUCGCAGAGAACCUGUCGUCACGGGUCAGCUGGCAGGACUUGAAGGAUUUCAUGAGACGGGCUCAACGAAGGGGUGGUUGAGUUUGCCUCUUACAGCGACCUGAAAAACGCUCUUGAAGACUGUCUGGCAAGCGUUCCUGUUGCCACCUACACCAAUCAUAAUCCCCUGGUGUACC